AUGGCCAAAAGUAGAUACUCAAGAAAGAACAAAGGAAAAAAGUUGCAAAGAGUUCAGGAAAACACUGUCUCUACUGAAGAGAAAUCUGUACCAGAAGUUGAGACAAUUGACUUUAAUGGCUUCCAAAUUCCUAAAGUUUAUGAUGGAAAGUUGGAAAGAAAACCAAUGGAAUUAGAAAUUAAAAAAGGAUUUGUAGAAGGAAUGAAUGGAGAUGCCAAAAUCUUUUGCAAUGAUGACUUGUUUAAUUUAUUAACUUUUGAAAUGAUUAAAGACAUUUCUAAUAAUUACCCUUCUUGUGUAAGACAAACAGCUAAUGCAGCUACUCUUCCAGGAGUAGUUGCUUCACUUGCUAUGCCAGACGCACAUAGUGGUUAUGGGUUUUCUAUUGGAGGAGUAGUAGCAAUGAGACUUGAUAAUUCUGAAGCAGUAAUUUGUCCUGGAGGAGUUGGAUUUGAUAUCAAUUGUGGUGUAAGAUUGAUAAGAACAAAUUUACAAAGAGAGGAUAUAGAACAACACAAAUCUCGUUUAGCUGAUGAACUGUUUAAACAAAUUCCAAGUGGAGUUGGAACAAAAGCACAAAUUGCCUUUAGCCCUGAAGACUUUGAUUCUAUUAUGACAGAAGGAUUAGAAUUUUUAGUUAAAAAUGGAUAUGCCUGGGAAGAAGAUUUAAGUCAUUGUGAAGAGCAUGGAAAAAUUGCUAACGCUGAUCCAUCGUUAGUUUCUAAAUCAGCUAAGUCUCGUGGAUAUAAACAAGUAGGAACACUAGGAAGUGGAAAUCAUUAUUUAGAAGUUCAAGUUGUUGAUGAAAUUAUGGAUGUGGAGGCAGCUAAAGCAAUGGGUAUUAAUGAAGUUGGACAAGUUUGUAUUAUGGUUCAUUGUGGAAGCAGAGGAUUAGGACAUCAAGUAUGUCAAGAUUACAUUGAUUUAUGUAUGAAAUCUGGAAUUUGUAAUCCAAUUGAUAAACAAUUAACUGGUGUUCCAUUUAAUUCACCAAUAGGCCAACAAUAUUAUAGUGCUAUGAAUUGUUGUGCUAAUUUUGCAUUUGCAAAUAGGGGAAUGAUUACUUAUAGAAUCCGUCAAGCAUUUGAAACAGUUCUUAGAAUGAAACCAAAAAAAAUGGACAUGCAUUUGGUUUAUGACGUUUGUCAUAACAUUGCUAAGGUAGAAGAACAUGAAGUAGAUAAUAAAAAAGUUCAAUGUAUUGUUCAUAGAAAAGGUGCUACUCGUGCUUUUCCACCUCAACACCCUGAUAUUUCAGAAGAUUAUAAGGAAAUUGGACAACCAGCAAUUAUUGGUGGAAGCAUGGGAACUUGUUCUUAUGUAUUAGUUGGAACUCAAGAAGGAAUGAAAAAAUCAUUUGGUUCAACUUGUCAUGGAGCAGGUCGUAAAAUGAGUAGAGUAAAAGCUAUGGACAAUUUAACUUCAAAGGAUGUAAUUAACAGAAUAAAAGAAAUGGGAAUUGAGUUGAGAAUUACUGACCCAAAACUUGCCGCAGAAGAAGCAGAUGAAGCGUACAAAGAUGUUACUGAAGUUGUAGAAACUUGUCAAGCAGCAGGUAUUUCGAAGAUUGUUCUUCGUUUAAAACCAUUAAUAGUUAUAAAAGGUUAG